UGCCUCUCCAGCCCCGACCCGCCUCUCCACAAAGCUAAUGAACCCUCCUCCAAAACCUCAAAGCUCCUCGGGUCGUUCUGCCGUGAUUACUAAGAAAAGUCGGACCAAGUACGAACCCUAUAUUCGGAAGCUUUGGAUCGAUGGGGGCAACUCGCUCCAAGACACAAUGGCAAAGAUGGCAGCGGAACAUCAUUUUGUAGCUUCCGAAGAUCAAUACAAGAAGCAGUUCAGAAGGUGGAAAUGGUCAAAGAAUACUUGUAUACCAAACAAGGAAGGGUUAUGGAUGCUGCAUAAGGCCGAGCAGGGAAAGGUUGAGCAUGACAAGGAUACAAUGUUCGAGUUUCGGGGUCAAAUACUAACUGAGGGGAACACCCGGCCGCGUCUCGAACGAAAGAAAGUUGAAAUGCAAACGCAGAGUUUGAGUCUAGGUAGUUGACUGCCAUUUUUGACCUACCAUAUACUGACGUGCUUCAAGAUGAGAGUACUCCAAGUGGAAUCAACUAUAAUACUCCUCAAAACGAUGUGUCCUCGCCACGGAUCUUUCGCUCUACUUCUACCCAUGAAGCUCAGCAAAAAUGGACUCCGUCGUCCGCCCACGGUCCUGAUGCGAAUCAAAUGAGGUUCAC